AUGGGAACUGCAGUGUCCAAAAGGAAGAAUCUGAGGAGUGAUGCGAUAUCUUCCGUGGCCGCAAAAGUUAGAGCAGCCAGAGCAUUCGGAGAAUACCUGUCCAAUACCAACCCAGAGAACCGCAACGGAGCAGAUCAUCUAUUAUCUGACACCUUCCCUGGCCAGGACUGUGACUCUCCAGACGUUAGCCGCUUGCAUAACAACAAUCUACCACACCAGAGCCGCUGUUUCCCUGUAGCAAAACUCAACCAAUCCAGCCAAUCAAAUCCCAGUGCUCCUCCCCAGUGUCAGCCUCCAGCCAACAGCCUCCAGGCCCCAGCACCUUUGGGACCAUCCAAACGUCGACUCUCUGUUGAGCGCAGCCUAUCUGCAGAGGAUCCCCCAGUUGCCAGAAGUCCAGAGGGGAGUGCGACAGUCAAGCCGGCCAGAGUUUACACGAUCACUAGGGAAGGAGGGAUGACCCUGGGGGGCCGUGGCAGUGAGGAGAGCCUGGAACUGGAGGUGCUUAAGAGCUCCAGGGAGCAACCUCUAUCACAGACUCCUACCACUGCCAACCACAACCCAUCCUGCACCAGCCAACCCUCCGCCUCUGCUGCCCACGGGAGCCAUCAUCGUAGUAGCCACCACCGCAGCAACCAUCACCAUGCCAACCAGCAUCACGGAGGCCCGCCAGCAUCAUCUCAGCCACUGCAGAGCUCAGGGAACGCCAACAACAUCCGGGACUGGGGGAUGAGAAGAGGGGGGUCGCGGGACGACAACACCCCAGACUGCGUGACCUGCAUUCGGGCUCCAUGUCAAAGUCAGCGCUCCCUUGACCUGGAUACUUCACCGCGGGAUGGAGAGAAGCAUCGCAAGAAACUGGAGAGGAUGUACAGCGAGGAAAGACCAUCAAGUGAUGACAGGGAGGACACUCCUAAUAGCUGGUUCCCCAAAGAGAAUAUGUUCAGCUUUCAGACAGCCACCACCACCAUGCAGGCAAUAUCGGCAUUCCGAGGCAUUGCUGAGAAAAAGAGGCGGAAAAGAGAGCAGGAGGCAGCCACCAUGAUGGAGAGAAAUUUCCGCAAACAUCUGAGGAUGGUGGGCAGCCGCAGGAUGAAGGUGCAGACCUACGCAGAUCGCCGAGCCAAGAGCUUCAGCCGCUCAUGGAGUGACCCCACCCCUGUCAAGCCUGACUCACUGCAUGACUCCAGAGACAGUGGUGAUCUCCAGACCUCCUCAGGGACAUUAGAUGAAGGGCUGGAUGAGGAUGCCGAGUGGGAGGAGGAGAGGGAGAUGGAGAGAGCAGCCUGUGACGGCGAGGACUUUAUCCCACCGAAAAUCAUGCUGAUAUCGUCCAAGGUCCCAAAGGCUGAAUAUGUUCCGAACAUCAUCCGCAGGGAUGACCCCUCCAUCAUCCCCAUUCUUUAUGACCACGAACAUGCCUCAUUUGACGACAUCCUCGAGGAGAUAGAGAAGAAGCUGAGUGCUUACAGGAAAGGCUGCAAAAUCUGGAACAUGCUCAUUUUCUGCCAGGGAGGUCCAGGACAUUUGUAUCUGCUGAAGAAUAAAGUGGCCACUUUUGCCAAGGUGGAGAAGGAAGAAGACAUGAUCCAGUUCUGGCGUCGGCUCAGCAGGCUGAUGAGUAAACUGAACCCGGAGCCCAAUCUCAUCCAUAUCAUGGGCUGCUAUGUGCUGGGGAGCGCUAAUGGAGAAAAGCUUAUUCAGACUCUGAAGAGGCUGAUGAGACCCACGUCGGUUGAAUUCAAGUCUCCUCUAGAGCUGUCUGCACAGGGCAAAGAGAUGAUCGAGAUGUACUUUGAUUUCCGUCUGUUCCGCCUGUGGAAAAGCCGUCGGCACUCGAAGAUGCUGGACUAUGAGGACCUCUUGUGACGUCAGCCACUUUCUGUUGGCUUGUCGGCCGGUUAUCUCAUGUCUAAGCCUACUGAUGUACGGUGACAGGGCGUUUGGCUGAAGGGCCCUUCAGAGGCAGCUAGACCAGCUCUGUGGCAGAGCAGGAGCAGCAGCGCAGCUGGCUCUGUUUUUCACCUCUGAAGUGACGGAGGUCCUGUAGAUUCAGCCAGUGGUGUGCUUUUUCCUCCCUUAUCCAUUUUCCAUUCUGCCUAUCUCUCUGAGAAAAGAGAAAAAGAAGGACGAGAAUAAGGAGGAGAAACAAGGGACUCAUCAUCCUAGCCUAAAUGUGUCAGCAGACACUAACUAGAGUUUAGAUUCCUGAGAUCAUAGCGAUAGUGAUAGCAGAGCGACAGAGCAGAACGAACUCCACACUUCUGAGUUUAGAGGCUGACAGAUUUAUUUAUUUAGUUGGUUGCGUUUUGCCUCUUUUGCCUCAGCUAAUCUUUUAGGAUGCAGGUUUAUAGGACAGAAUUAUUUUCUCUGUCAUGUGUGGAUGUUUUCUGCAAGGGAAUUAGAGCUUAUAUGUAAAUAAACAAGUGCUUAGCGGAGCAUUAGAGAAUCAAUUUCCAGCAUCUCUUUGUCAUGUGAAAAUCUAGACAAUAAAUUAAUCAGAUCUAUUUAUCACAACUGUUUUAAAACUUCAAAUAACUGUAUUAGCAUUUUUUGUACAGAUUGUUGUGUUCACUCAGGUUAAAUCCCUUGUUUGAUACUAAGAAUUGUAUUCAGUGUUUGCAACAUACUGUAGAUCAGAAUCUGAUGCCUACAUACUCCACACAAAGCCAUUGCCAGUGGUUUACAUGACCGUCAGGGAUGUCAUAUGGAGGCUGGAGGUUUCCUAUAUUUUCAUAGUCUGUCAAGUCAACAGUAGCCAAACAUACAGAUGUAUCUGUGCAUCUUUCUGAACUUUACAACAUUGCGUUUGACCCGGCUGAGCCUACACCAGCUUUUCUUUCUGAGCUGUCGGUUCAUGGUCCUGAACAUUUUUAGUGUGUUGUGUGUCUCCAUUGGUGACUUCUGCAUUGUGUUGUUCUGUGAAGAGGUUGCAGGUGGAGUCAAUAACACCAUCGGCAGUGUCUUUAUAAGGAGUAGGAACAUACAUGCUGCACUGUAUAUUUACUUUAUUUCAACUCUCCAUUUACUGUCAUCUUUCCGAGUGAAUAAGAAUUUCUUAUUGUAGACUUAGUUUGACGUUUUCAAAGUAGCAAUUACGCGGUAGAGGUGACACUUAACUCUGAGUUGGUUUUUUCACCUCACUACUACACUUUGGUUUAUGUGUUAUAAACAGAUUUGCUGAAUAUCACAAGAUAAAGGUCUGUCAUUGUCAACAGUCAUGUUUGGUAUUAAUAUCCAUUGUUAAUAAACAAGGACAUUUUAAUUUCAAGACUUUUUAACUUAAUGAAGUUAAGGUCAAAUUUGAGCAGUACCCCUUGUGACAGGGAUCUUAAUAAAAUCUUCACUAGGCAGAGAGAAAUAAUUAUUACCUUUCUUAUAACCUUUCUUAUGACCUUAUCUUGUUGUUGAGUUAUUUCAGACUUGAACUAGUGUAGCCCAUCUAAUAACAAAGGACACUAUUAGCCUGAUGCUGCAUUUCUGUCAUUGUCUCUAGUUGCUGAAAGCAAUCCUGUUUUUUCUUUUGUUUAAAGCAUUUUACUGUAUAGCUAUGAAAUACUCAAACUAUUGCUAAAUAUCUAGCAUUAAUUUAUUUUAUGUUACUAACACAAAAUAUUUUUGGGCCAAGUGCCUUUUGAGAACUUGGUCAUUUUGGAACAAUAUAACUACUGGCAUUGGAUAAGUGUAGUUUCAAGAAGGAGAAGUGGCAUUUAUAUAUCACCGUUUCAAGCUUGUGCUGAGGCGGCCAUGUCCUUUGGUAUAUUCAUGUAUAUAUAUACAUAUAUUCUCUCUGAGAUAUAUAGCUACAUCAUCAUGCAAUGUCCUUGCAAAGAUAGGGGAAAAAAGGAAAAUCCACUGAAAGUUAGGGCUUUUUUGCUUUUUCAUUGCGUCAUUAACUUGGUUGCCAGAUCAAGAUUCAGGGACUAUCAGUGUAGUCAGACAACAGUAUGUGUAAUUUAUUAACACACACCUCCUAAAUGUUUAUCCCAGCUUCCCUGCACAUCGUGUGUCGUGACUUGUGUGUGCGUGACAGCACUUUCGCUGCUUAUCGGUACAUUCAAGUCUGUCAGCGGUGAUGCUUGCUGAUCCAUGUGAAACGUUUGAACUGGAAGAAGAGUUCAUUGCAGUGGAAUGAAUAUAUUGAACUCUAUAAGGAGAGAUGUGAACCAAAAUGGAAAUACUGAGGCAUUUAACCCCGCCCUUUUGCCAGUGAGGUUGUAAAACAUUCUGUUUAAUAAUUCUGAAGUUAGUUACUGUCUUAAGAGGCCUGUUCUAAUGAACUAUAGCCAUUUAAGUGGAUGAAGAAAAUGAAAUGGACUAUUCUUGACUUUCCUCAGAUACGUUGAUGCUGCUCUUUGCAUUAUUUACUUCCUACCAUGAAAGUGAGCUGACAUAUGUUUCUGCAUUUAAGAUAUUUGUGUAUCACUGUAAAUUUUAUUUAUGCCUCGUGCCACAUAAAAUGUUCACUCAUUCAGUACAUACUGCUGUUAAGGUAUCGUUGUGCUUCAAACUAGCUUGUGUCAAGAUUAUUGUGAUAAUUUGGUGUAAUUUCUGUAAACAGGUAAGACCAUAGUGGUUGCUAAUGUCAACAGAAAACUUGUUGGAAACACUGGUAUGUUCAUGUGUUGGAAUACUUAUAUUGCCCAGUAGUAGCAGUAGGUUUAUGCAUAAGUAACUACUCCUUGUUUGUAUCAUUGUUCCGUCCAGCACACUGUAAAUUCUGAAACAGUAUUCAGGUACUUUAAAGGUCCAGUGUGUAGAGUUUGCCGGAAAUUCUAUAUAAUGUUUAUAAUGAUGUUUGCAUCAGUUCAUAAUCACCUUAAGCUAAUAAUCAUUGUGCAACCACUGAAUAGGCCCUUUAUAUCAACAUUUUGAUAUGGUCAUUUACCACAGAGUCCACUAUGUUGGACUGCCAUGUUUCUUCUACAGUAGCCCACAAUAGACAAACCACACUCUUGUCUUUUACAUUAAGUCAUCACGGGCUCUCCAACACUUAAAAGGGAAGGGUGAGAGGAUGAGUUUCUAGUUAAAUGCAAUCUGCACCCUCACCACUAGAUGCCACUAAACUUCACACACGGACCCUUUAAUUACCUGAAAUGCAGAGAGACAUGCUCAUAUCAGAAAGAGAGCUUUAUUUUGAAAUUCCUGUCUUUAAUGACUUAUAACUGUGAGUGUUAUAAUAAGACACUUUCUGUGUUUGCUGUAAAUGCAAACAUUUUCACCAGUUUAAUCCAUUGCCUCAAUAAAAUUGGUUACAUUUACACAUCAGCAAUUCCAUCAGUGAGUACGAGUGAAAAGAGAAUCAAUCACAUCAACUACAAAAACUAAUUUAGUAUUUAUUUCUACUCUCAUUUACAAUUAGCAUCUUCUGUUUGUGGUAUAUCACUGAUCCUGUCAGUGGAACACUUCUAACAAAUGUUUCACAAUCUGUGCAGGUAUGUUGUUUUUCUACUGAUGGAAUUAGUUAUCUGAUCAUGUAUAUAAUGCUGAAAUUAUUUUGUGAACUAGUACCAGUAUUUCCACCUCAGACUAUGAAUUGUAUUAAUUGUCACACAGUCAGUAGACAUUCUUGUUGAUGGUCUUGCAUGUUAACAGUCUUGAUAAAAUCUCAAAAUUAAUGUAAUGUCCAUUCCUGUUAAAAUCAUAUAACACUUAAGGUUCAUGAGAAACAUCACAUCCUGACUCUAGCUCAUGACCUUUGCUGUCUUGAGUGCUCAAUUAUUUCUUCACCUAAUCAAUCUGACUUUAGAAAUUGUUGUUCAUUCAUGAUUUUGCUUUGUGUAGAUAUGUAUUUGUUAAAACAUCAGCCGAUCUGCAAAUUUUUUUCCGUAGCAAAUUAUAGAGUCCUGUGUUGAGUACAUUUCUUUAAUGUACAGGAUGGAGUACAUUGUUCAAGGUAUUGUUUUAGUCUGUAAUACCUUAGAUUUUGAAAGAGUGUCAAAUUCCAGUGCUGUCUGAUUAUGGACACAAACAAAGUGAGAAAUACAUGGAAGACUGACGCAGCUGAUUGCAGUUUGUUCACUACUCGGCUCCUUAAUAUUCAAAUGGAGUUUAGUCUAGCACUCGUAGACUCCUCUGUCUCCUCUGCCCUAGACUUUAAGUGAAAUCCGUCCCCCAAAGCCUAAUAACACACCUGCUCAAAUGUGGGAAGUGCAUCUUAAGUCAAUAUAUUUGAUCCUGCUGCUUUUGAGCUGGAUUCAAUAGCAAGUUACACUCGGAAUUCACACGAGCCUGAAGGGUUUCCUUCACAAAGAAAAGGGAGAUUCACCAAGCUCAUUAAAUUCUCCCUGAGGCUGUGAUCAGUUGAUACUCGCCUCUCUUAGCGUUGCAAAAUGGUUGAUAGCUGCUCAUAAGCUGCAUAAUUAGCACCAGCUAGCUAACCGUGAUUAGUAAAGUAGUAAAAUCAUGCAACAAAAAGAUCAGUUAAUUGUUUCUGUUUGA